UUGACUUCCGGGCCAUGAAUGGGAACGCCCUUUGGGGCGGCUCGUGAACCUACUGGUUGUCCUGCUGCCGCGACUAGAAGUGAUUAUACGAUCUAGAAGGAGGGGACUCUGGCCUUGGCCUCAGCGCAAUUGAGACUUGACUGUGGCAGCCCAUGGGUGGUCAGGACCUGCGGGCAGAGCUGGACUCGCUGCUCGUGCAGCUGCUCAGCGAUCUGGAGGAGCUGGAGACGAAGCAGGUGGCACUGAAUGCCCGGGUGGAGGAGGGCUGGCUGUCGCUUGCCAAGGCUCGAUACGCCAUGGGUGCCAAGUCGGUGGGGCCCCUGCAAUAUGCCUACCGCAUGGAGCCGAGGGUCUGCGUGCGAGCCAGUGAGGACCAGGAUGGACUACAGACAUUCAGGAUAGUGAGAGCUGAUGCCCGGACUCCAGAGGAGGUGGGGCCUCGAGAGGCAGUUCUGCGAAGGCGAAAGGGCUCCACCAAGACUCCAGAACCAGAGGUCUCUGCUCCACAGGACCCCCUGCACUGGUUUGGAAUCCUGGUUCCUCACAGUCUGCGACAGGCCCAAGCCAGCUUUCAGGAUGGUCUUCAGCUAGCUGCAGAUAUAGCCAGUCUCCAGACUCGCAUUGACUGGGGUCACCGCCAAUUUCAGGGGCUACAGGAGAAACUAAAGCAACUGGAGUCUAGUGCUGCCUGACCUGUGACCACAGAGGCAGAUGUUGAGCACUGCUGUCCUGGAUGUGGCCACCUUAUCUCAGUCAUUCUGCCUCAUCUAAUGCCCCUUAAGAAAUGUUUCCUACUGCGUAUUUCUAAGUUUUUAGGUAUGAAGUUUGAAAAGGCAAACAGUAAUGUUGAAAGUCACUUCUAGGCCAAAGUUCUCAUAGUACCCACCACCCAGGGAGCAGGUAAAGAGCUGUUCAUGUAUAUCAACAGUUAAACAUCCUCAGAUCAGUUUGGCUUUGUUGCCAGAUAAUGAAACACUGUGAACAGUGGCAGGAAGGGACAAGAGAAAAUGCUUCAGGAUCAGCAGAUCAUCAAACCUAAUGUGGAUGGAAGAAAAGACCAUGGAUAACUAACGUAUCCAGAUGGUAUGAUUCCAUUCAGUAAAAACAUACCUACUUGGUGUAAUGAAGCACACCCGUACUUGGAAAGCUAAGGUAGGAGAAUCACUAGAUAGCUCCAGUGCAGAAUCAGCCUGGAUAACAUAGUGAGAUCACCUGUCAAAACAAGAAGAAGGCUGGGGAAUAGCUCACAGACAUAAGUGCCUGCCUAAUGAGCACAAGAUCAUGAAUUCAAUUCCCAUUACCAAAACAAAACAAAAAAGAAGCAGUAGAUGGGCAGUUCUUAACAAGGUCUAAACAAGGAAAUAAAAGAUCAGACUUAGAUUUUCAAGGGAACUCUGAGAAGAGGUCCUGCAAGUUAAAACCUUUCUUUGUCUUUCCUAGAGUUCAUCUUUCUGUCUUUGUUUAUCGAAGGGCCAGUUAUGCUUCCUGUUUUGGGAACUGUCCUGCUUGACUUUUCUACUGUGGUGUUACCUUUGUAGUAGUUUCUGGCAGAUUUUUGUUUGGUGGAUGGUACUGUAAUACUUGUUUAUACUAAGAUGUAAAUAGUUUUUCUCAGUUUGUCUUUUACCAUUGCUUUUAGUGUUUAAAAUUUUCCUCAUUGCAAAAUAAAACAGGAAACCUUGUGUCUUCAAAUCAA